AUGUCCGGUCGUCGUCAUGCUGGUUUUACACUUGUGGAGCUGCUGGUGGUCAUUGCGAUCAUUGGAGUUCUCAUUGCAUUGCUUCUGCCCGCAGUUCAGCAGGCGCGCGAAGCUGCUCGCCGAAUGCACUGCACCAACAACCUGAAGCAACUUGCAUUGGCUUGUCACAAUUACCACGACACCUACGGCAGCUUUCCUUCCGGUUGGAUUGAUGUUGGUGGCAACAAUCUGCAUGCAUGGGGCACGAUGCUGCUGCCGUUCAUCGAGCAGUACAAUGUCUAUGAAAAUAUGGUCCCAGACUUCGGCACCGCGAGGUCUGCCACUACGUCGGACAAAGCAGGCGCAUCGAUCGAAGCGUUUCAUUGCCCUUCUUCGAUUCUGCCUGAUUUCAAUGACGACGGCCUAGGUCGCUCGAACUAUCAAUGCAACAAAGGGGCGUUCUACAACGACGGAGACGACGGCGGUCCUUUUUGGCAAAACAGCGACUGCUCGUUCAAAGACAUCACUGAUGGAACAAGCAACUCGAUUCUUCUGGGUGAAGGUGAAGGCCUGUCGACGACGAGCAGCGACAAGUUUCCGGUUUGGUCCCAACUGAUGAGCAACGCAGGUUCCAAUCGACAAAGCGUUCACUCUUUUGGGUAUCUCGACAUCUUCAUCAACAUCGAUCUGGAAGGUGGAAAGUGCGAAGGUCAAUGUGCCGCUGGCUGGUCAAGUCGUCAUCCAGGAGGUGCUCAGUUCGCGUUUGCAGAUGGAAGUGUUCAUAUGGUGAUGGAAACUCUAGACACGGGCACGCGGGACCAUACCGAUCCGAAUGGUCCUGAUGGAACGUGGCUCCAACUGAUCGUUCGCAACGACGGACAAGUGAUCGACGGCUCGAAGCUGUAA